GUUAGCUUCGUUCCGGACAAGCUGUCCCAUGGCCCAAGCGUCUCGCUCUGGUGGCCUUCUGCCUCCGCUGGCUACCGUGCCGCCGUUACGGGCGCAGCCCAGGGGCGCUGAGGAGAAGCAGUGGCAGAGAAAGCGGGCAGGCGCUCUCCGCCGGGACGUUCGUGGCUGGCUGCGGCUGCCGGCUGCCCGAAGCAUCCCCUGCCUGGACCCACGGCCCGGCGGAACUCCGAGAGGGCAGCCGUGGUGGGCGGUGCCGGCGGACGCAGGAGAGCACCGUGAGGCUGGCGCUGUGGACUGGGGGCGGGAGCCGGCAGCUGGCGGCCCGACCCCUCCAGCGCUGCAGCGUCUCCGGGCGGUGUUGUUGCGGCUGCACCACGAGCGGCAGGAGCUCCUCCAAGCCCAGGACUGCGCCCGCCACCUACAGGCGACCGUGCGCCUCCUGAGGAUCCUGAGUCCCGGCGCUCCAUCCCCCGGCCACUUGCCUCAGCUGUGCCGCGACCUGCUGGCGCACCCUUCCGGAGGCGCGGUCCUGCGAAGCGGCCUUCAGGAGACACCCGAGUCGCUACCCCUGGCACGCUCCGUCGGACUAGCCGCCCAGCGCCUGGAUGCUACUAUGGAGAUGCAGCUUCGGGCUCUGGGCCAGGCGCCCGCCAGCCCGGGCCUAUCGUCCCAAAUCGCCGACCUGCUGCUGGCACUUCCCGCCUACCACCAGCUGCAAGGAAAAGCCUUGAGCUACGUUCCAGGGGCAGCGCGACCUUAUCCCCCGGCCCGUGUGCUCCGCCUCCUGGCGGGGGAGCGGGGUUGCCAGGUGGCAGGUUGGCUGGAUGAGGCGCUCAGGGGAUCCGACUUGAGGGACCAGCUCCGCAGGCGGUGCCAAGAGGAGCGGGAGCUGCUGCCAGGGCUACUGGGCCUGAUGGGGGGCGUGACGGGUUCAGUCAGCAGUGGACUGGGGCUUGGAGGGGCUGGGGCCCUGUGGAGCCAGUACUGGACCAUGCUGUGGGCAGCCUGUGCUCAGAGUCUGGACCUAAGUCUAGGACCCUGGAGGGACCCCAGGGCAGCGGCACAACAGCUGAGUCAGGCACUGGGUCAGGCAUCACUGCCUCAGGAGUGUGAGAAGGAGCUGGCUUCUUUGUGUCACAACCUAAUUCAUCAGUCUCUUACCUGGAGCUGGGAUCAAGGCUUCUGCCAGGCCUUGGGAUCUGCUAGUGGAAAUCAGAGCAGCCUUCCCUCAUCCUCUCAAACCACUGAACUUUUGCAACAGCUCUUCCCUCCUCUCUUGGAUGCCCUUCGAGAACCCAGGUCAGGACUGCUCCUCUACCGGCCUCCAGGUCCUGCCCCCCUUUCCCUGGGGCUCUGUACCCUGCAGACCACCUUGCUCUGGUUUUGGGGCAGAACUCAGCAGCAUCUGGCAGCGUGGGCCCCAGGUUCCUUCCUGCUCCUGAUCCAGAAGGAUUUACCUCCUCUAUUAUAUGAGGCAGAAGCUUUGUCCAGCCUGGCCUCAGAGGAAAGCUUGGCCCUGGAGGUGGAGCAGCAGCUGGGUCUGGAGAUCCAGAAGCUGACUGCACAGAUCCAGCUCCUGCCUGAAGAGUCACUAAGUCUCUUUUUUCAAGAAUGUCAUAAACGAGCCACACAGGACUUCGAACUCCACAUGCCACGGGGUCGGUACUGGCGGCAUCGUCUCUGUCCUGAAUUUCCCAGUAUCCCUAGUGAGUAUGCUGGGUUGGUGGUCCGCAGGGUACUGGAGCCUGUGUUGCAAGGACUGCAAGGACUGCCACACCAAGCCCAGGCCCCUGCCCUCAGCCAGGCGCUGACUGCCAUCCUGGGUGCCUGGCUUGACCACAUCCUCACCCACGGGAUCCGGUUCAGCCUGCAGGGGGCGCUGCAGCUCAGACAAGACUUUGGAGUGGUCAGGGAGUUGCUGGAGGAGGAGCAGUGGGGCCUGUCCCCAGAACUUCGCCAGACUCUGUUCACGCUCAGCAUCUUCCAGCGGCUGGACGGGGCCCUGCUGUGUCUGUUGCAGCAGCCCCUGCCCAAGACUCAAGUCCACAGGGGGCCUCCCUGUUGCUGUGCAUGUAAUGAGGUCCAGGCCAUGGAAUUGCCCAGCAGCAGCCUCAACAGCCUGGAGAGCUUGGAGCCCCCUCUUCGACCUGGAGCACUCCCAGCCCAGACAGCUCAGCUGCUAAGCACACUGUGGGGAGAAGGACCUAGCCCUGAGGCUUACCUGGUAGGAAAUCAGCAGGCCUGGCUUGCCCUGAGGCAGCAUCAGCAUCCCCGCAGGCACUUACCUUUUCUUUCCUGCCUGAGCACCAGUUCUGAAUCCUAAGGACCCUAAUGAGAGCCCGUCAGAACUCCCUAUCUCUGUCUGAAAAAGCCGAGACAUUUAGAAAUGCAUAUUAAAAAAGCCUAACUGGGAUCUUGGAAGAAAGCAUACCUGAGAACCACAAGCUACACAGAGCCUGGACUUAGAAACCUGGAGGUCAGCAUCCUUGGGAAGCUUGGGCUUAGUUCCCCAUCAGUGAAGACAUCUCAGAGCUAGACACUAGCAGUAAGGGGCUAGAUGCUGGGAGUAAGGCUUUAGGGUUGGAUCCCAGGGGAAAGGGAAAGAGAAAAAGCAAUAGAAAGCAGGGAGCCUAGAUGCCACUUCCUCUUAAGUCCCUGGAGCCAGGCUAAACACAGAAAGUUCGGGACACUACUACAAAGUUAAUUCAUCAGGAACCACAGAGGUGGAAUAGGAAUUUCUACACCUAAAUCAGUCCCACGGCGUAUACUAUAUAUAGUAGUACCCUGCACUCCCCUCCCCAUCACUAUUUUUAGUCAUUUAAGAAUAUUGGAAAAAAAAAAAAAAGAAUAUUGGGCUGUAGGACCUUCACGUGUAAGCUUCGCUACUCCAGAGUUCCACGUGUUUAAUCUUAAACUACCUGAGUGGAGUUUACCCUCUGGUAGGUUUAUAAUCCCUGCCGUGGUGGUGCCCUCUCCUUGAAAGGGACCAGCACUUAAGACGGUGUUAACGUAGAUCUGGCACAGCAAGGUACAGAGGAGUAAAGGCUGCAAAAGACGUGUUAUCGGAGCCAGGUGCAAACGGCUUUUGCCCUGUUUAUUGUCUUCACCGUGGUAAAGGGGGCUAUUAAUGACAGGUAGUGUUUACUGACCGCGUACUUUGGGCGCCCCAUACCCUGUGCCGAAAUCAUCUGUCUCCCUCCUGGCCUUCCUCCUCUUCUCGGCUGGGGAGCCCAGGGCGGCGGCCUGGGGACCAGCACCACCGACCGU